AUGAGUGGGGACAACCCAACUUUGACCCAGGCCGAGACGGGUAGCGGAUCUGAGAACGUUGCUACAUCUGCUGUAUUGAAUGAGAGCGGCAUUGGAAUCUCACUUAUUGGGUCGAAGACAUACUCCGGCCCAGUGGUGACUAGCACUGAUUUAAAACAACCUGCUUCACCCAGUGCAUACCACACCACAAUGGCAGCCGGAGCCCAUUCUACACUAGUGACAGCUAUUGGUUCAUCCAGUUCUAAGUCUACGGGCAACAGUCUUCCGGGUCCCGUCUAUACUGAUGUUUCGUCUACGCAGAAUGUCCAAACUGACCUUCUGGAAUUUAUAACUCUCGCUCUUGUAUCUUUGCUUCUGUGA